GCGGGCUCCAGCGCUCGCUCCCAUUGGCCGCCGCCGCGUCAGCUGGUGCGAUUUGCUGCUGUCGCUUUUGGCGUUCGGCCAUCCAGAAACAAACCAGUUCGAUGACUACUAAUAGUUAUAGCCAGAUGUACUAAUACACAACAAAUCACAGUCCUGCAGAGGGGCGCGCAAAUGAGUUCCUAUUUUGUGAAUCCCACUUUCCCCGGGAGCCUGCCCAGCGGCCAGGACUCCUUCUUGGGCCAGCUGCCCCUCUACCCGGCUGGCUAUGACGCGCUGAGGCCCUUCCCGGCCUCGUACGGGGCGUCGAGCCUCCCGGACAAGACGUACACCUCACCUUGUUUCUACCAACAGUCCAACUCGGUCCUGGCCUGCAACCGGGCGUCCUACGAGUACGGGGCCUCGUGUUUCUAUUCUGAUAAGGACCUCAGUGGCGCCUCGCCCUCAGGCAGUGGCAAGCAGAGGGGCCCCGGGGACUACCUGCACUUUUCUCCCGAGCAGCAGUACAAACCCGACAGCAGCAGCGUGCCGGGCAAAGCCCUCCAUGACGAAGGCACCGACCGGAAGUACACGAGCCCUGUUUACCCCUGGAUGCAGCGGAUGAACUCCUGCGCGGGUGCCGUGUAUGGAAGUCACGGGCGCCGAGGCCGCCAGACCUACACGCGCUACCAGACGCUGGAGCUGGAGAAGGAGUUCCACUUCAACCGCUACCUGACGCGGCGCCGCCGCAUUGAGAUCGCCAACGCGCUCUGCCUCACCGAGCGCCAGAUCAAGAUCUGGUUCCAGAACCGCCGCAUGAAGUGGAAAAAGGAAAAUAAACUCAUCAAUUCCACACAGCCCAGCGGGGAGGACGCUGAGGCAAAGGCGGGCGAGUAGACGCCUGGGCAGGGAC